UGUAUUUUAGAGAGAAAACAUUUGAAAAUAAUUUAGAAAAAUGUAACAAUUACAGAAACUUAGUUAUAGCAUACUUCUAAAAGAGGUGAAUAUUUUGAUCAUCUGAAGAGCUAAAACAGAAGAAAGAAACAAACAGACAAAGAAACAAACAAACAAUGAAAAAUAAAAUAAAAUAAAAAAACAGAACAACAAUGAGAAUGCUGACUCAGCAGCUGCUAACAGGGUUCUGCUGUGUGAGGCGCUCAAACACCUGCCUGAGUCCAGCUCAGAGCCUGUCAGACAGCUGGAUGUGCGCUCCUCCUCUCAGCUCCAACCCUCCCGCCGCAGCUCUGAGGUGGGGAAACAGAAAUGAGAGGUUUCCCUCGGCCYCUGCUCUGCAGCCGUCACCCUCCGGUGCCUUGAUGCCUCUGACGGCUCGGUUGUUGCUCUGACGUCAGAGGAGCUGACAGCAGGAGUAUAAAAAGGGCUUUUUUGGAGGGGUUUGAGCCUGGCGCUCCAGGAUCCUGCUCUGGACGGCUCUGUGAUCAGACUGAAGAUGCACAGUUUGAGCUCCACUCUCAGCCUUGUCCUGCCGCUGACUUUAUUCAGUGCACUGAGGGGUGCCAAAUGGACCUAUGAUGAUGGAGAGCAUCACUGGUCUAAGCAUUAUCCGUACUGCGGUGGUGCCUUCCAGUCUCCUAUAGACAUCAGGUCAGAGCUGCUGAGGUUUGAUCCGACUUUACGUCCCAUUGAGGUUCAGAACUACAACUUGCCACCGAAUGAGCAACUCACCUUGGGCAAUAAUGGACACUCUUUGCAAGUAUCUCUGCCCGCACGGAUGUUCAUCUCCAGCCUGCGUCAUCGCUACGCUGCAGCUCAGCUGCAUUUCCACUGGGGCUCCUCUGGCCGACCCUCUGGUUCUGAACACAUGGUGAACAGCAAACAGUACGCAGCAGAGAUGCACGUUGUUCAUUACAAUUCGGACAAGUAUCCCAACAUCUCCAGUGCUGUUGAUAAAUCGGAUGGUUUGGCUGUGCUCGGUGUGCUGAUUGAGGUUGGGGAGUUCAAUCCAGCCUAUGAACAGUUUCUGAAGUUUAUCAAUGGGAUCAAGUACAAAGAUCAGAAAGUGCAGGUACCUGCUUUCAACAUCCGAGCGCUGCUGCCGACACGUUUAGAUGAGUAUUACCGCUACGAYGGCUCGCUGACCACUCCUCCCUGCUAUCCGAGUGUGCUGUGGACGAUUUUCAGAAAUCAUGUGACCAUUUCCCAAAAACAGUUUCUGGCCCUGGCAACAGCCAUGUACUCCUCAAACUCACAGGACUCGGCACAUCUGCCACUACAGAGCAACUUCAGGGGACCACAGUCGGUCGAUAGCAGAAUCGUCCUGGUGUCGUUCAAGGAGGAUGACCUCUUUUGGAUGAACGGAUUACUGGUUCCUGUAGUGGUGAUCUCUGCGCUGGGAUUUGUCCUCAUCGCCUCUUUAAUUUGCUGCAUAUUAAGACAAAAAAGAUCUACUGCUGAACAGAACAAAAGCAAAAAUGUUGCAUACAACGUUGGCGACAGAGACGAAUACGGUUCAAGAGUAUAAGAUUUUGUUCUGGACCUCGAUUCAAAGGAUCUCCAUCAGUCCAUAGUCCUGUCUUCAUUCAUUGUGUUAUAGUGAAGUCAUCCUUUGGCCCUUUGGACAGCUGUGGGUGCAUGCAACAUUCAGUAAUUAACUCUGCAUGCAGCUUUAGGGUUUUGGGAAACAAUUUUUCCUCCCCUUAAACCACAAAGAGGCACUUCUUUGCUGUUGUGUGAGUCCGAACACAGUUGGCCUCCCUGCUGGAUGUUUAAUGCUAUUAAUCUGACACGGUAUGAUGAGCUGCUCCGCACAGAAGCUUCCAGGCAAGCAGAGUGUAGGGCUAGAACUAAACUGGUGGGAAUCUCAGGUCAAAUCAGAUCAUGGCACUCACUCCGCAGUGCUGUUCUGACGCGCUGGGAAGCCCGACCACAGUCCAAACAAUAGAGGGUUAGGAGUCAACAACCAUGACCCGCGAGGGACAAGCUGCGCACGUGUCCACCAACCCUGUACUUAGAAUUGCGCUAUGGAUUUCAUAAUAAAAGGGUGCUUAGAGGCCUACAAACACAGCUCUUUCCCUGAGUAAUGCUGAGAGAGAAAAUCAAGCUUUUGUGUUUACAGCCUGUACGUGGGCUGCCUCCUAACCCCAGUCUGAUCACAAGACUCGGCACACCAGCGUUUGUCAGGGAGAGUGUAGCUGGUCCUACUGGAGAGUUACGAUAUCAUCAAAAAACUGUCAGCCUCCAUCUAUGCAUUUAUUCUGGAGCCACAUAGAUGUUCCUGAAUUUAUGUUCUAUGUUUUAAUGCUUCAAAAUUGAAAACCAUGAGGAAAACUUGUGAAAUAAGCAUGAGAUGACAGUGUCGCAUCCUCAUUAAAGUAUCAUUCACUAGUAAUCCAAUGCAAUUUUGUCUGCACAUUGCUGCGUGCACCAACGUGUAUCUGCUGUUACCAUUCUUUUUCUUUAAAAACAGAAUUKUUAUGGCACAUGUCAGGAUAUAUUUGUAACUUGGAAUAUUUGUGUGGUGGUUGUCAAAAUUUGUUUUUUUUAUGUGUGUGUACUAAUUAGAAAUAAUUGCUGUAAAACAAAAAUUAAAUAAAAUAAAAACCCAAUGUGUUUUCAAAUACAAUUAAAGUUUUUGUUGACUUUUAUUCACCAAGAGUCUGCUUUUCUCAUUAUUUUUAAAUUACAUAUGACUCAAUAAACUUCUUCUAAAUUUCACUGAAUAAUUUUUAUGUUUGCUUUUAUCAUAURCAAAAUAAAGAUUAUUUACACAUACAGUUAAUGUCUUAUAUUUAGACAAGAAUAAACUGGGUUUGUUUUGUGUUUUUCAG